GGGUGGGUCAGAGGAAGGACCCGGGCCCGUAGGCCCUUAGACCCAUCCAUUACGUAGCUCCAGUCACUACGCUUCUUAACUGCACCGGCUGCUCGCCAGGGGCCGCCCCGACCCCGAAAUUUGGGGGAUCCCGGGACUGGGAGCCAGCUCUGCCCCUCCCCUUCUCUCUUCUUCCUCCUCCCUGCUCCCUCUCCCCUUGGGCUCUGCGCAAACCCGGAAGAACGGGUGGACAGAACCGGUGUCUGCGAGAACCGGAGCAGCGGGGACCGGACCGCUAGGAGCCUGGGAUGGCAGAUGACUCCAGGAAGAUGGCAGAUGGCCUCCAGGAGUGGAGCGGCGGUGCUUACCUGUUUGUGGAAUCCUCGACGGAGACAGUGAUUCUGCCUAACCUAUACCAAGAUCCUCAGCAGAAGUUGGCAAUAUUUCGGGUCCUUAAAUUGGCACUGGCAGGAUGCACCGGGAGCCAGGAUGGAGUGCAGAUUCUGAAGAUCCACUGCAGCAACCCGAAGCUGAUCGUGCAGCUGAAGUUCUGCGGGCAGGAGCCGUGCACCCGCUUCCUCCGGGGGUACGGCGAGGGGGCUCUGCGGGCCGCGCUCCAGGACAGCCUGGUGGCCUUGCUCGGCCACGCCCAGAACCCGGUGCCGCUGCACCUGGAGCUGCGCGUCGGCUCCGAGCGGCUGGACUUGAUGCUGCAGGAGGAGGAGCGCUGCUUGCACUGCAUCCAGCAGGCCAAGCCGGACCGGCUCCCAGAUGAAGAGAUAGGCGAGCUGGAGGUUGCUUUCCGUAGCCUGACCUGCGAUCCGGGGGGCGGUGGAGCCCCCAAGGCCCCUGCCCCCAAGGCGCCAGCCCAUUCGCCCCCUCCGUCGGCUCCGGCUCGGGCUCCGGCUCCGGCACAGACCUUUGUGUUCCAGGGUCAGCAGUUUGCUAACCGUCCGCUGAGCCUGGAGGACCGACAGAAGUUCGCCCGCUCCGUGGGCCGCAAGUGGCGGACGGUGGGCCGGGCGCUGAACUGCCGGGCCCUUCGGGAGCACGACCUGGACGCCCUGGCCUACGAGUACGACCGCGACGGGCUUUACGAGCAGGCCUUCCAGCUGCUGCACCGCUUUGUGCUGGCCGAGGGCCGCCGGGCCACCCUGCAGCGCCUCGUCGAGGCUCUAGACAAGAGCAGCCUCACCAGCCUGGCCGAGGACCUGCUGGGGCUGCCGGCGUACCGGGAGGACCAGGCCCGGGAAGAGGAACAGGAUUAGGCCCCACCUAACUUGAGCCAGCAUGACUCAGACCUGCUGGACUAAGGGUGGGAUGCCUGAUUUGUCCGGAGUAUGAGGGGAGGGGUCCUGACCUACUCCACGUACUUCGGGGACUACUCGGAGACAGCUGGAGGAGAGCUGAAGGGCUGAGCUCCUGCCCUUCCCCCACACUUUGAUGUCUCUCAGACUGAUGGGCCCUUACCCAGAGUGUGUAUUAGGCCCUCCUGGUGCCCACCCGCCCAUAGCUAACCGUUAUCUGGGCUAGAGGCCAAAGCACUUUGUAGAUGUCCCACGCCCCAGCUCCUUGUAUCCAAGAGAAGCCGGUUCAGCCGAGCAUAGCUGAACAUAAUAGAUAAGUAGAGGGCCCUGCGGCCUUGAUUGGCAACUGAUAGUCUGGGUCUAGGCCGGGGAGGUGCAUUAGGGGAAGAAAAAGAACUGGGGUGGGGAGUGGUUAAUAAUAUUUA